AAAGAACAGAACCGUCGGUGUGUGAUUAGUGUAAUGAGGCGCGAGAGCCGCGGUGUAUGAUGGGAGACUAUCAGCCAUUUCACCUCAAACUCUCUUCAAGCAGCAAAAUCCCUCGGCAGCGGAAUAAAACCUCGAUAAACACCCGACAGUUUCAGGUGAUCGUGUGUCAGGAUGGCCCGUACUAAGCAAACCGCCCGUAAGUCGACUGGAGGAAAAGCUCCUCGUAAGCAGCUGGCGACUAAAGCGGCCCGUAAGAGCGCUCCGUCGACCGGAGGAGUCAAGAAGCCCCAUCGCUACAGGCCCGGGACCGUGGCUCUGCGUGAGAUCCGCCGCUACCAGAAGUCCACCGAGCUGCUGAUCCGCAAGCUUCCCUUCCAGCGUCUGGUCCGAGAGAUCGCACAGGACUUCAAGACCGACCUGCGCUUCCAGAGCGCCGCCAUCGGAGCGCUGCAGGAGGCCAGCGAGGCGUAUCUGGUGGGUCUGUUUGAGGACACUAACCUGUGCGCCAUCCAUGCCAAGCGUGUGACAAUCAUGCCCAAAGACAUCCAGCUGGCGCGCCGCAUCCGUGGAGAACGCGCCUGAGCCUCCGUCUCCUCCUCGUCCGACUCUGUCUUCAUCUCUGUGUCUGUUCUGUGUGUGUAUUUGUGUUGGUUCGUCCUCUCAGAAGUCACGUGUCAUGUGACUGUCUGUGCGAGAGCUCCAGCCCUCAGGCACUAAAUCAAGCGUCAGUGGGGCUUUGAUCUGAAUCAAGGGACAGUCUCACUUCGGGUGCUAACCUCCUCACUGGAACCGUCGUCAAACACUCUUCUUCAAAUAUCUCUGUUGUUUUUAGUCUUUUUGAAUGAUUUUCUUUCGUGUGAUGUCUGAGACUGUCAGGUGGGUGUGUGAUUUCAGUCGAGCAUUCUGGGAUUGUGUCCCAAUGUCCUUGUGUUAUUGAUGAGCGUAUGUAGCAACGGACUGUAGCUAUUUUAUACCAUUUGAUAUAUUUCUUCAUGAGUUGUUUAGUGCGAUAUUUAGCAGACACUCACUCAGGUUUUUUCUACACCCUUUCAUGGUUUUUAUCACGAGGUGAUGAAUUCUGUUUGUUUUUGUAAGUGUGCAAGUCUAAAGAGCAAAUCUUUGUACUAGACAGACAAUAAAUUGGUGUUGAACUGUUA